AUGGAUGGGUUUGAAAAGGCUCAAACUUUUCAUGACCAUUCUCUCAUUUCUCUCUUUAAAUCAUCACCCUCUUCUUCAUCCUCCUCAUGCUCCUUCUCUUCCUCCUCUUCUUCUUCAUGGACUGCUGAGUAUGUUCUUCAGUCCUUGUCUCCAGUUCGAACCGGCUUUGAUGACUCACCACUGCAUGAGGUGGCAGAAAAUGAAGCUAUUCAAAGCAUAGGAUUCCUCAAUGACAUUGUCGGUCAGGGUAGAAUGGAGUGGAAGGAAGUGGAGAAGCGGUUCGACCGAGUGGCCUGGACCGGGGGCGGCCCUGAACCGGUUGUAGCUUGGUCUGAAUUUGGGUUCUGCAUUGGGAUGCAAUCAUCACCAGGGAUAGCCACCGAAUUGCUAAGAGCACUAAGAGGAGGCAAAUAUUGGAAAUCUGAUAUCACCAAGACUGAUUUGCACAAUUUUUGGUCUAGGAUGAAAGAUGACUCUUUUAACUCAAGAAUGAGAAUCUUCUUUGACAUGUGCAACAGAAACAUGGAUGGUAGAAUUACAGAGACUGACAUAAAGCAGACAAUUUUACUAACAGCUUCUAUAAAUAAGCUAUCGGUGACACGUGAUGAAGCAGAGGACUAUGCAGCUCUGAUCAUGGAAUCUAUUGACACCAAAAACAAAGGCUACAUUGAGAUAUCUCAGAUGGAGUCUCUAUUCAAGGCAAACUUAUCAAAGACAGUCACAACUUCUCCAAUGAAACAAGUAUCAGCAAGGGACAGCACAGAGAAUUUUCACAACAGUGGCUCGUGUGAAGAACAAGAACCAAUGUCAAGGGCUGAAGUGUUGUUCAGAACCUACUGGCGGCGUACUUGGAUUGUUCUUGUGUGGCUGCUUGCAUGCAUUGGGUUGUUUUCAUGGAAAUUUGCUCAGUAUCGCCUUAGAUCAGGGUUUGAAGUCAUGGGGUACUGUCUUCCAACUGCAAAAGGUGCAGCUGAGACCUUGAAACUCAACAUGGCCCUUGUUCUUCUCCCUGUUUGUAGAAAUACCAUCACUUGGCUCCGCAAGAACCGUCGUGUUAACUAUGUCAUUCCAUUUAAUGACAACAUUAAUUUCCAUAAGGUUAUUGCGGGAGGAAUAGUGGUGGGUGUGAUCUUGCACGGUGGGACGCACCUUGCCUGUGACUUCCCAAGAAUCAGUGACUCAGACAGAUCAAUUUUCCGGCAAACUAUCGCCGCUGGAUUCGGGUAUCACCAACCAUCGUACAUAGAAAUUUUAGCCACGACGGAGGUGGCAAGUGGGAUUGCCAUGGUGGUGUUAAUGGCCAUUGCAUUUUCACUAGCAACAAAGUGGCCUAGGCGUGGCUCACCGGUGCUACCCUUGUCCCUCCGAAAGGUCACUGGAUAUGACACCUUUUGGUACUCCCACCACUUGUUUGUCCUUGUGUACAUAUUGCUCAUUAUUCACUCCAUGUUCUUGUUUCUAACAAACAAGUGGGCGGAGAAAACGACAUGGAUGUACAUUGCUUUUCCAGUUUUAUUGUACGCUGGAGAGAGGUUCUUCCGAGCAAUUAGAUCAGGAUCCUACGAAGUUGAUGUUUUGAAGGUAAGUCUCUACCCAGGAAAAGUUCUGCACCUCAAGAUGCAAAAACCAGAUGGUUUUAAGUACCAGAGUGGCAUGUAUAUAUUCAUUCAGUGCCCCCAAAUUUCAUCUUUUCAAUGGCAUCCAUUUUCCUUGACAUCAGGACCACAAGAUGACUACCUCAGUGUGCACAUUAGAACUCUUGGAGACUGGAGUUACCAAAUAUAUGCUCUAUUCCAAGAGGCAGUGUUGUCUGGAUUACAAGGGUGUCCAAAACUGUACAUAGAUGGCCCUUAUGGUUCUGCCUCUCAAGACCAUGUAAAGUAUGACAUUCUGGUGCUAAUUGGCCUUGGCAUAGGUGCCACACCUUUCAUUAGCAUCCUCAAAGAUGUAGCUCAAGGUGUGAAGACAGCACAAAGUGAUCAUAGUGAUCUCAGAGAAUGCAGCUUAACAAAGGGUCCAUCAAAAGCAUAUCUUUAUUGGGUUACAAAAGAGCAAAGCUCCUUUGAUUGGUUCAGAGAUGUCAUGAAGGAAAUCUCAAAUUCAACCAAAAAACAGGCUGUGGUGGAAAUGCAUAAUUUCCUAACUAGUGUGUAUCCAGAGGGAGAUGUUCGUUCAGCAUUGCUAAGCGUCAUUCAGGCCUUGUAUCGUGCCAAGAAUGGCGUUGACAUAGUUUCCAGAACUCCAAUACACACACAUUUUGCCCGACCAAAUUGGUUCAACAUAUUUUCCAGAUUGGCUCGCAAGCAUGGAGGAGCAAAGAUUGGGGUUUUCUAUUGUGGCCCGUCUAACUUAGCAAGAGAAUUGAAGAACUUGUGCACCAAAUUUUCAACCAAAACCACAACUAGAUUUGUUUUCCACAAGGAAAAUUAUUAAAUUUGUUUCUGAAGGAAUGCUAUCUGUUUUACCAAUUCCUUAACUAGGAAAGCAUACUAACCUUCAGAAUCUUGAGCAGUUUCCUUUAUUUUGCCAGAGAACCUGUAAAUAUACAGCAAUUUAAAAAAGGAAAGCAAAUACAUCAAUAAUAGUCCUUCUCAUUUAUCA